AUGCAUUCAACAGUUUAUUUUUGCGUUGUCUUCACACUCUUUUUUAUCUACGCACAUGGAAAACCACUCUGUCUAUUCAAUUGUACAGCUUCUGGAUAUAUUGGUAUGCCUCUUAGUAUUCCUACAUCCUGUCAACAACGUAAGAAAGCAAACGACUGUGGUGUCGAAGUCAAAUUCUAUUAUCAUGAACGAAGAUAUGUUGUAGAAUUUGAUACAUCAUUCAUUAGUCACUACUAUCGAUCAGUUUAUAUUCUACCGUCAAAUUAUUUGUCUUACACAGCCAUGUAUGCUUGUUCUCAUAAUGAUAAUUGUGCAAUCGACUUUGCCAACAAGAAAGUACUCGAUCUUUCUAAUCGAACAUUCGAUGUUGGCAGUGUUACUAGACAAUUAAGUAAUUUUCUUCUUGAGUAUCGACAACCUUCUGAUCCAACACUUCGCUGUUACGACAAUGAAGAAUGUGUUUCCGGCGUAUGUCGAAUCGAAUAUAACACCGAUAAUAAUAAAAUGAGUAAAAGACGCUGUGAAUCGAAUAGUAUCGCACGAGUGCACGUGUUCGAUGGUGGUAGUCUUCCUUCAUUGGACAUUGAAUGUAAUCGAACGAGAUGCAAUUCUCCAGAAACUUACAACGAAGUAAAAGAAAUCCUCUUUCGACAUAAUCUUACUGAUAUCAAUGGUCGAAUUAAUGGCGGGCAAAAAUCAUAUGUAUCAACAUUUCUUCUAAUAGUUAUGUUUCAUUUAUUUGUUUUUUAUGUAACGAAUUUUUCUUUUAAUGAGAACUGA